CUGCCUGCCACCGUGUCUGCGAUCCUGCGCUCCCUCUCACCGGCUCCACUCUCCUCUCCUCUCCUCUCACUGAUCGUCCCUCUCGGUGUUUCAGCGGAGGGGCUAUUGAUACCCACUUUACUCUGUGUUUGUGGAAAGUCAGCCUCUCUCUCUCUCCCCCUCGCUCUCUCUGUCCUCCUCUCUGGCUGCGCUUUGCUAACCUAACAGGGAGGUGUUAACUACUUUUCUUCCACAAAGCGCCUCCCGUUAUCUCCGCUGCCGCUGCGCAGGAGCUAGAGGGGACAGUGCUGCUGAGAUUCCCACUCCGCAGAAAAAGUUUUCCGUUUGUUGUGAGGAUAAAAAAAAAAGAAGCCGGAAGCCGAGGAGUUGUCUGUAGAAGAAGCGGAUUCUGCCGCGGCGAGUUUGGUGACCCGAGAAGAUGAGGAACCAGCUUUGAUGACCAACGGAUGUCCAACCUCCACGGAUAAACUCUCCAAGAAGGUGGCUUUUACUGAUCUUUUCCAAGGAGAACAAACCUCAACCGAGACAAUUUACUGAAUUCAUCAUCAGGACUCAAGGUGGUACAACUGGGAAGUCUGUGAAGGACUGAUCAUACCAAUCGGAACUUACCUGGCAAGGAAUGAUCUGGACUGAAUCCCCCACAAGAAAAUUUGGUGGGAAUCAGAAUAAUUAAUUUAAUCUCUACGACCUUCAAAGUAGCUGAACUGACAAUACUCACUUUUCCUUCCUUAAAAAGCAAAGUGCUUUGAAUCUCCUACCCAGAUUCCCGCACUUCCUCAGGCCCUUUCUAAGGGUCUUGGACAUUGUCAGAAGUCCUUGUGAGGAGGAAUCUUUGCCUCCUUUUCUUAAUAUUGUUGGGACAUUUUCCUUAAAUCCAACAUGGACCUUCACAGGGCAGCGUUCAAGAUGGAGACCUCCUCCUACCUGCCCAAUCCCCUGGCCUCUCCAGCCCUCAUGGUGCUGGCCUCCACAGCUGAAGCAUCGCGGGAUGCCUCCAUUCCCUGCCAGCAGCCACGUCCAUUUGGCGUCCCUGUCUCUGUUGAAAAAGACGUCCAUUUGCCAUUCAACAAUGGUUCUUACACUUUUGCAUCAAUGUACCACCGCCAGGGCGGAGUACCACCAGGAUUCCCCAACAGGGAUUUUCCUCCAUCCCUCCUCCACCUUCAUCAUCAGUUUGCCCCGCCUAACCUGGACUGCUCGCCAAUUAGCAUGCUGAAUCACAGCGGCGUCGGAGCCUUCCGGCCUUUCGCUUCACCUCCAGAUGAUCGGGACGGGGUACCUGGUGGGUAUCAGUCUGCUUUUACCCCAGCAAAGCGCCUCAAAGGCUGCCUUGAUGCGGACGCUUCCCCCCACCUGCGGUACUCCGAUGCAGAGGGGAAAGAAUACGACUUUGGCGGCGCCCAGAUCCCUCCUGGAGGCUCGCCCAGCAGCGCCUUGAAAGCGGUGGAGGACAGUGGGAAAAAGAUUUUCGCCGUGUCAGGCCUCCUGUCUGACCGAGAGACUUCCUCCAGCCCUGAGGACCGCAUCGAGCGCUGUAAGUCAGAUUUCUGUCUUUUACACACCAAAUACCGUAAAAAGAAGAUGUCCCUGUACGACAGCCAGGCUCCAAUCUGUCCCAUCUGCCAGGUGCUGCUCAGGCCCGGAGAGCUUCAGGAACACAUGGAGACAGAGAUGGAGCGGCUAGCUAGCAUAUGCCUCAGCAAGAACAUCUCACACAAGGAUGGAAUCAUCACUCCAGGAACCCCCAAGUCGAUGCUUCUGUCAGUGCACAUCAAGCGUGAGGGAGAGUCUCCCGUGGUCUCGCCUCUGUCAUCUGAAGACAUCCACCACUCCGACAGAUACCAGACGUUUUUACGAGUUCGAGCUAACAGACAAACCAGACUGAAUGCCCGUAUAGGGAAAAUGAAGAGGAGGAAGCCUGAGGAGGGCGGCCAGGUAUGUCCGCUGUGCAGCGCCCCAUUGGCUGGGAGCGAGGAGGAGAUGAGUAGACAUGUGGAACAAUGCCUGAUCCAGCGUGAGGGUGCGCUAUGCGACGACGACUCUGCAGACAUGGAUGGAGAGAAUGGGCGGGGCUUUGAGGAGUACGAGUGGGCGGGGCAGAAGAGGAUCCGAGCUACAGCCUUGCUGGAAGGAGGCUUCAGAGGAACAGGCUUUGCCACGUGUAGCAUCAAAGAGAGUGCAGCGGACAGCGACGCUGACCUCGAUGUGGAUGGGGACGACACCUUGGAGUACGGAAAGGCCCAGUACACCGAGGCAGACAUCAUCCCCUGCUCUGGAGCCGGAGAGGACCAAGGAGAGGCCCGGGAGAGGGAGGCGCUACGGGGAGCUGUGCUCAACGGGGGGAUGCCUUCUAACAGAAUAACGCCUGAAUUCUCCAAAUGGGCCAGUGACGAAAUGCCUUCAACGAGCAACGGAGAAAGCAGCAAGACAGACCCCAGCACCCCUUCAUCCUCCUCCUCCUCCUCUUCCUCUUGCGUCCCACGCACCUGUAAAAACAGUGAGAUCGAAAAGGUAACAGAGGAGGAGUCCACGGCCACCACCAUGGAGGCUCUGAAGGCUCGGAUCAGAGAGCUGGAGAGGCAGAUCCUGAGAGGGGACCGAUACAAGUGUCUCAUCUGCAUGAGGAAGCCUGCUAUCCAGUCAGGUGCGGAGAUCAAGAGCCUAGGGGUGUGGCCAGGGCCCCGGCCACUGGCCAACGAGGUCGGAGAGAGGCAGCCUAAGUCCCUCCCCCUCGGCCUGUACUGCCUGUACAGGGGCCUUGUGAUUGGUGGCUACGGCAGCGGCAUAAAGAGGCUCCUCCCACAGCCCCUACGGAGGGACUCAUACACGAUGCCGCUCACCUCCAUCCAGUGCUGGCACGUCCACUGUGAAGAAUGCUGGCUCAGGACUCUGGGAAACAAGAAGCUGUGCCCGCAGUGCAACACCAUCACCUCACCUGGAGACCUGAGGCGUGUCUACUUGUAAAGAGCACACCCACAGCCUGCCCCUCCCGACCUGCGCCGCCUCGUCCUGCCAGUCCAUUCCCCCCUUCUCAUUUUGGAGUUCACCGCCCUCCAUGUCGAUUGUCAUGUUUCCUCCUCUGUCCCGGGCCAGGCUCAGCAGCUCCAAACCACCCCUCCAAGAGCGCACAGAGACAAGACAGCCGUCUUUAAGACUCAUCAGACUCUUUCAGGAGGUUCAAACUGAGAGCUGACUGCCUGGCCACCAACAAAAAAGAAGAAAGAAAUGACAGAGACUUGAAACCUCACAGAUGGACAGGCUUUUUCCCCUGCCUCGCUGACAUCACCUCCUGUACAUGUAACAUGGGAUGUGCACUGAAGGACCUUUAUUCAGUGGAGACCCCCGACACCCAGCUCUAGGCUCUGCAGAGAUCUUCAUGCAGCCGGGGCUGGAAGGAACUUCCUAACACAGAAUAUAAAGACUACUUUUCCCCACUCUAGCUCUUCUUCGACAUUUAAUUGGUGCUGAAGCUUCUUUCUUUUUUUUCUUAUUCGUUCCUUUUUCCGAAGUGAAAACGUAUCUUCACGGCCCUGUUGAAAGGAGAAUUAAAAAAAAAAAAAAGGGUCUGCCCACUAAAACUGAGCUUUCAACCAAACUGAGAAUAACCUCACAACCUUGAAAAGGAGUGUGACACUCCUCCUCUCCUCCUCCCUUCGUUCCCUCUUUUUGUGGUGUAAUAGUGAAGUAAACCAAAAUUUUCCCUCCUUCAAGAUGCAGUGCAAGCACAUGUAAUAUAGUUCUAUGUAUGUUUACAAUGUUGGGUGUAAAUGACAUAGAGUCCACACACACACACACACACGUACACACACUGCAGACACACACAGAAGUAUAUGAUAUCAAAGUACCUGUUUUUAGUUGGAAGGGUUUGGGAAUGAUGUUUUGGGGAAAAAAAUGGCUAAAAUAAAAAGAAGCCUUCUGUAUUUUUAAAAAGAAGAAAAAGGUUUGAAGGUCCGUUGAAGUUUUAUUUCAUUGUACAGGAAUAAAAAAAUCUAAAUAAUAAUAAACUACUCAAGACUAGAUGGUCAAGAUUUAGGUGGUGUAAUUUUUCUGCAGAGUACUGUGGGGGGAAAAAAACAAGGAAAGACUUUUUUCUUACUUUGAAAUGGUGAGUUUCUAAUUCUGCAAACAAGCAGAAUGAUGCUCUUUAGUUGCAACACUGUCCAACUGAGCCUUUUCUUUUGAACCUCCACCUCUGCUUCCACUCAUCUGGAGUAACGUCAAGCUCAGAUCAUAGUCUAGAGGUGUUUUCUUUCACCCCGACAUGUCUCAAAAAGAAAGCUUUUUUUUUCCAUUGGUCCAUCAAGUUGCUAUGCUGCAAAAACAUUCUCAAAAUGGCAACCGUGAAGGGCAGCUUCUUUUUUAGCUAAAACAAAAAUUGGAAGUCUCUUAAGAAGAACAAAGGAUGGCCGAGGCUGAACUGGAAACCACCAGAACCUGCAGCAUCCCCCCUCCCCCAACCCACCCCCUACUUCCCCUUUACGACAGCAGCAGCAGCAACACAGGUGGUGGUGUGCUUUGUGUUUGUAAAACUAUGUAUUCUGUGACGUCUGUAUUGUUGUAAGAAAUGCUGAAAAAAAAAAAGAAAAAAUAAAACUUCUCAAAUA